CAUGGCCCGCUCGCUGCUGGUGCUGGCCGCCGCCCUCCUGCUGGCCCGGGGGGCGCGCGCCGAGUCCCCAGGAUCCACUCAGGGGCCCGAUCCCGGCUACGAGGACCAGGAGGUGGUGUACCCCGUGCGGGUGGACGAGAGAGGCGCCUUCCUGUCCUACAAUCUGACCCACCGUCUGCUGUCAAAGAGGGCCAUUUUCUCACGGACUCGGACCGGGACCUUCUACGCCCUCUUUCACCGAGGGCAGCAGCUGCGGUUCAAUCUGAGCCUCAACCCUCACCUCCUGGCGCCUGGCUUUGUGACGGAAAAGCGGCAUGGAGGUAUCUCCCGGGCCAGGAUUCGAGCCUCCGGGCGGAACCCCUGUCAUAUGAUCGGGUCUGUCCAGAACCAGGAGCAAGGAAGUGGGAUGGCGGCCCUCAGCACCUGCGAUGGGCUGAAAGGCGUCUUUCAUCUGGCUGGCCAAGAUUUCCUAAUUGAGCCGCUGGCUCCCAGCAACCUGAGGGAGGGCGCAGCCCAACCACACAGGAUAUCUCGACGGCACAUUUGGGAAUACGAAGCCGAAGAGUUUAUUUCGGUCCUGAGCACGAAAAUAACCAGGAAGCAGCCAACUUCUGUCCGGAUGUGCGGGGUGCAAGGAAAUGCCGAGGGCUCAGAGAAGUGGAGAGAACAUUGGGAGGAGAAGCAGCAGAGGAAACGCCGAAUCAAGCCACGCUCAGUCAGCAAGGAGAAGUGGGUGGAGACCCUGGUGGUGGCUGACACCAAGAUGGUGGAGUAUCACGGCAGCGAGCAUGUUGAGAAGUAUGUCCUGACGGUCAUGAACAUGGUGGCUGGUUUAUUCCAUGAUGCCAGCAUUGGGAACCCGGUCCAUAUCUCUAUUGUGCGUCUUAUCUUUCUGGAAAACGAGGAGGAGGAUCUGAAAAUCAGCCACCAUGCCGACAACACCUUGAGAAGUUUUUGCAAGUGGCAGAAAGCUCUCAACCCCAAGGGAGAUGCCCACCCCCUGCACCAUGAUGUGGCCAUCUUGCUCACCAGGAAGGAUCUCUGCACUGCCAUGAACCGUCCGUGUGAGACGUUGGGCCUGGCCCAUGUCUCUGGCAUGUGCCAACCCCACCGGAGCUGCAACGUGAAUGAGGACACGGGUCUCCCACUGGCCUUCACCGUGGCCCACGAACUGGGACACAGUUUUGGGAUUCAGCACGACGGCAGCGGCAAUGACUGUGAGCCAGUUGGGAAAAGGCCUUUCAUCAUGUCUCCACAGCUCCUGUACGACACUUCGCCCCUCACCUGGUCCCUCUGCAGCCGGGAAUACAUCACCCGCUUCCUUGACCGGGGCUGGGGGCUUUGUCUGGAUGAUCCCCCAGCCAAGGAUGUGAUCGACUUCCCCUCGGUUCCACCGGGAGUCCUCUACGACGUCAGCCACCAAUGCCGACUCCAGUAUGGCGCCUACUCCACCUACUGCGAUGACAUGGAUAGUGUCUGCAACACCCUCUGGUGCUCCGUGGGGAACACCUGCCACUCCAAGCUGGACGCAGCUGUUGACGGCACCAAGUGUGAUGAGAACAAGUGGUGCUUCAACGGAGAGUGUGUGAAUGUCGGGUACCGCCCAGAGCCUGUCCAUGGGGGCUGGGCAGCCUGGAGUUCCUGGACGGUCUGCUCCCGGACCUGUGGGGCUGGAGUACAGAACGCAGAGCGGCCAUGCAACAAUCCUGCCCCCAAGUACGGUGGGAAAUAUUGCCUGGGAGAACGGAAACGCUUCAGGGUCUGCAAUGCCCAGCCGUGUCCGGCAGACAAGCCCUCUUUUCGGCAGAUCCAGUGCAGCCGUUUUGACCACCGGCCCUACAAAGGGAAGCUUUACAAGUGGAGCCCAGUCCCCAACACCAGCAACCCUUGUGAACUGCACUGUCGACCCAACAACGAGUACUUUGCUGAAAAGCUUCGCGAUGCUGCCAUUGACGGAACCCCCUGCUACGAAGGGAACAGCAGGCGGGACAGGUGCAUCAAUGGGAUCUGUAAGAAUAUUGGUUGCGACUAUGAAAUUGACUCCUACGCUAUGGAGGACCGGUGUGGUGUGUGCCACGGGGAUGGAUCCACCUGUCGGACAGUGAAGAAAACCUUUGAGGAGAGCGAGGGGCUGGGUUAUGUUGAUGUUGGCCUGAUCCCGGCUGGAGCACGUGAGAUCCAGAUCGAGGAGGUGGCCGAAGCGGAGAACUUCCUGGCUUUGAGAAGUGAAGACCCCACGAAAUACUUCCUGAAUGGUGGCUGGACCAUCCAGUGGAAUGGGGACUACAAGGUGGCUGGGACCACUUUCACCUACAAGAGGAUGGGAAAUUGGGAAAACCUGACUUCUCCAGGGCCCACAGAAGAACCGAUUUGGAUUCAGCUCCUGUUUCAAGAGAAGAACCCGGGUGUCCGUUAUCAGUACACCAUCCAGCAGGAGUCCAGGAAUCAGAGUUUGGUUGCUCCGCCUGAGUUCUUCUGGCACUACGGACCCUGGACAAAAUGCACAGCUACCUGUGGGACAGGGGUCCAGAGACAGAUGGUGCGUUGCCUUGAGAAAGCCGCUGGGUUUGUGGAGGAGCAGUACUGCGAUGCUCUUAGCCGGCCUGAUGACGAGCAGAGGAAUUGCAACCAGGAACCAUGUCCAGCCAGGUGGUGGGCUGGUGAGUGGCAGGCUUGUUCAGCCACUUGUGGUGACUCUGGACUGAUGAAGAGGACUGUCCUCUGCAUUCAAAGUGUGGCCCUGGAUGAGCAGCAGGCACUACCACCCAACAUGUGCCAGCAUCUCACCAAGCCAGAAACCACAGCUGCUUGCAACCGUGAAGUCCUCUGCUUGGCACUGUGGGUCACAGGCAACUGGUCCAAGUGCUCAGUGACCUGUGGGAAAGGAACUCAGAGGCGCCCCGUUUUCUGCCCCACUGACACCAGAGCCAAGUGUGAUCCAGCCGAAAGACCAGCUUCCGAGCGCGACUGCUGGGCCUCAGCCUGUUGGAAUAGGAUGGAGAACAGUGUCCCUGACUGGUCCGGGAGUGGCUCUUCAAGCCAGGAACUCUUCAAUGAAAUUGAUUUCAUUCCCAAUUAUCAGGCCCCCAAAUUUAGUCCUUCGGCUCCCAAAUCUCAAAAUGUUAUUACAGAGGAAAUUCUCCUCCCCAACAACCAUAAGAAGGGAAAUGUGUUUGUGGAUGACUUUUAUUAUGAUUAUAAUUUUAUCAAUUUUCAUGAGGAUUUGGCUUAUGAGCUGGUUGAGGAAAAGAACAGUAAAAGGGAAGACUUGAAGCCCAACUUUGGGUUCAAGAUUUUUCACACGAUGGAGGCGGAUCCCCAAGAAGCGCUUCCGGAUCUUCCUCCCACCACAGACCUGGAAGUCAAGUUGGCUAAUCGAGGCUCCACAUCUCCGACUGUUGGGCAGGAAAAUGAGAAGGAGCAUGCUAAUGUUCAGGACAGUAGCGCAACUGACACUUUGCAGGAUCCCUUCAUUACCCCAGUAGUCACCAGCUCUUCUGCUUUGGUUCAUCGGGAAAGCUUCCAGCCAUCACUUCCAGAAGUCCAUCCUUCCACUUCAACAGUGAAGUCUCCUCCUUUGGGGAGCAGCAACCAUGUAUUUGCUAUUCAAGAACCUCCUUUUAUUAAUACCUUUUUGAAAGACAACACCGCAAGGCCUGAUUCCUCCAUCAGCUCUCCUUCCUUGGAUGUACUCACUCCGACAAUGUCUUCUGUUGAGGACAGUUAUGGCAGAAAUGCAUUUGGUACUCUUAGCAGCACAGAAGAUCCUGGUGGAAGGAUGCAGGGCCCCAAGAUUCCUGAACUCGGCAAUAGCAGCGAUCAUGGUUUAUGGGAAAUGGUGGAAGAAACCAGCAGGAAGCAGAGCAAUAGAGACAGAGUCAUUGUCAGUGGUGAAGGUAAUAUGGAUAUGGCUUAUACAGUGAAAGAAAAUCUGGCAAAUACAUUUGCCACAACAACUGGGGCAUCCUACCCCCUUGCCCAUUACUUCUCUGCUUCUGCUGGAGCCUCCUGGGCUUUUACUGUUCCGGAUGCAGAGAUAAGCAGCAUCUCAGGACGUGACCGUCUCAAGAAUACCCCUUUGCUCAUCACUGAGCUUCCAUCAGGGACAUCUCCCUCCACUUCUGCCUACCAGUCAUCUGGACCCAGCAGAAAGACGCAAAUGCUUCACCACCCAGACACUCUGAUACCACUGAUAGCCACCGAAUCAAACUCUUUGGAUCGGAACUCACCUUUUCCCAACUUUUCUCCCUCUGCGUUGCUUCCUUCAAAGCAGAAGCAGUCUAAUAGGAUUGAGACAGAUUUGGAGACUAAGUCUGUACCUUCCAUUAAGGACCUGGAAUUCUCCAGGGACAGAAACGAAAGGCCACCUCCCCAUGUGCCAACUGCCAGUAGCAGAGGAGGUGCUGGGCGUGAGGUCAAAUUUCAGGAACCGGAAGGGAAGAUGGCAUCUUCUGCCACUCCUCCUGAUGCUGUAAGAGCUGCUCUCAAUGCUAGCUGGGAAGCUGGAAACUGGAGUGAGUGCUCUACAACCUGUGGCCUUGGGGCUGUUUGGAGAGUUGUGCACUGCAGCACUGGAAAUGAGAAGGACUGUGACUUGACUAGGAAGCCGGCUCCUGCCCGGCGCUGUUAUCUGAGGCCCUGCUCCAAGUGGCACGUUGGAAAAUGGAGUAAGUGCUCCAGGACCUGUGGAGGAGGUGUGAAAGUGCGGGGCAUCCAGUGCAUCGACACCCGGGGCCAGCGAUCUCUGCGACCCUUUCACUGCCAGACUGCCUCCUACAAGCCUCCAGCGCAGAUGCCGUGCCACACCAAGCCGUGUCUGAGCUGGUACACCUCCACCUGGAGAGAGUGCUCUGAGCUGUGUGGAGGAGGUGAGCAAGAGCGCCUGGUGACCUGUCCCGGAACGGGGAGGUGUGACUCAGCCCUCCAGCCGAACAGCACAAGGCCGUGCAACACCCAGCCCUGCGCCAAGUGGAGAGUGGGAUCUUGGGGGCAGUGCACGGCCACAUGUGGCGAGGGCGUCCAAAGGAGGCAGGUGAAGUGCCUGAACACCAAAACUGGACAGGCAGAAGAAGACAGCAGCUUGUGUGAGCACGAACCUUGGCCUCAGAACACCCAGAGGUGCAAUUCCCAGGACUGUCCUGCCAACGAAGAAAGCUUCAUCUGUGACGGUGACCGCCUCUCCUUUGGCUUCUGCCAGACCCUGCUGUGGCUGGGAAGAUGCCACCUUCCCGCAGUCCGUGUCCAGUGCUGCCAGACCUGCCACCCCCAUGGCCUGCUCCAUCGGGAUCGGGGUGAUGAGCGUUCCUCCCGGAAGUGAACGCCUCUGUGCCCGGGAACCUCUGGUGGGCGAGCGCUGGAGGAGACCCACUUCAGCCAGCCAGCUCUUCCGUCUGUCAGAAACCAACCAAUAUUUUCUGCCUGGCGUGAUGCUCAGUCUCGUGGCUGAGCUGUUUCUCCAGGCAGCCGAAGAGAAGCCUUGCACCCACAGCGCAGGAGGGAGCUGGUGGGGGUGAAUGCUGUCUGGCCCCAGGAAAGCAGCUUGUGGAAGCCACCUCAGACAUCUCCCCAGUCUACAGUUGGUCAUAGUCACUCAGUGUUGGCAGGCCAGCACAAACCUCCUGAGGAGUGAUUUUUUAAAAAAAGAAUAAAACCAACUAUUUUUAUAUUUUAUGCCAAUGAG